GGAAAGUUCCACGUCACUGCAGCCUCCAACGACUUUGACGCUCCGGAGCGAACCCACUCUCUUUUAUUCCGAUUCUUCUCUCUCUAUUUCUUUCCUUCUCGAUCUCUUUCUGCCAUCGAAGCUCCGAUCCCUGAAAAAGCGGAAAGGAAUAUGGUGUGCUUUGGCUGCACGGUUGAAACUGAAUGUUGAUAUGUACCAGAUUUGCUAGUUAAAUAAUUCAAGGGAAUAUGCGUGACCCUCUUGAAGUUCAACCAAAUGCAGUUAAUGCAGACCAACAAGCACCAACUGAACUUAUGUCACCUGAUAUGAUGCCAUCUGGUACUGGCUAUGUGCUUGGAAAUGAUGAUGCUGGAUUUUGGACUCCAACAUCUGAUUCUUUAAUCAGGCAUCAAUUCCAAAGAGCUUCUGGUCCUGGGAAUUCAAGAGGAGAUGAAUUUAAUAAACAUUUAUUGGACCCAGAGAUCAUGGAACUGUACUAUAGAUCCCAAUCACAGGAAGAAGAGAUCUUGCUACUUCGCAAGCAAGUUGCUGAUGCUUUUGUAAAAGAGCUUCAGUUACUGAAUGAGAAGCACAUUUUAGAGAGAAAGCUAUCUGCAUUGCGGAUGGAACUUGAUGAGAAACAGGAUGAUGCCAUAUCGAGUACUGUGAAGGAGCUGACUAAGAAGAAAAAUUGUCUUGAAGAGAAUUUAAGACUCACAAAUGAUCUAAAAGUUGUAGAGGAAGAGCUAUAUAUCUUCACCUCAUCAUUGCUAAGCUUAUUAGCUGAAUUCAGUAUUCGACCCCCAAUGAUAAAUGCUUCCACAAUUGGCAGUGGUGCUAAGCGUUUAUACCAUCGUAUGCAAUGGAAGACAAGGUCUGGUAAUGCUGGUUUUAAUGAUAUAAACCAUUUGGUAGGAAAUCAACCGAGUAAUCUGCCAGCCAAUUAUGGUCAUCAACCUUCAAGUUCUUCAAAAAGUCAACUUUCUCAACCAUUCGUGGGAUCAAAAGUGAACGAUUUUCCUCAAUACAAUUACUAUCCAAUGGAUAUGCAUGUCGAAGCAACAUCUAACCAGUCAAGAUUUAUUCGAGACUAUGACAUGCCAUUAUCCAAUAAUGACAAGCCAAGGGAGUUUCCAUCGGCUGUUUACAAGGAUGUUGGAGGUACUUCUGCUCCUAAUUUUUUUGAAGAUAAUACUGGUGAGUCAUACAGGAAAUUGAUGGCUGAUUCUCAGUUUUAUAUGCCUCCUGCACAUGACAAUCAAGCAUCUUCUGUUUCAGAAGCAGGUGAGGCGUCUCUACCUGGUAUAGAAGCAUUUCAAAUUAUUGGUGAGGCAAAACCGGGAAACACAUUAAGAGCAUGUGGUUUUCCAACAAAUGGUACUACUCUUUGUAUCUUUCAGUGGGUUCGUCAUCUUCAAGAUGGUACUCGGCAGUAUAUUGAAGGAGCCACUGUCCCGGAAUAUGUGGUAACUUCUGAUGAUGUUGACACACUUCUUGCUGUAGACUGCACACCCAUGGAUGACCAUGGUCGUCAGGGGGAAUUGGUGAGACAAUUUGCCAACAAUCAAAACAAAAUAACAUGUGAUCAAGACAUGCAGCAAGAGAUUGAAGGCUUUAUCUCUGCAGGGAGAGCUCUAUUUAACGUGUUACUGUUGCAAUUGGCAGCAUGUUCACUUGAAGAUGGAGAAUGCAAAAUCUGCCGAAACUUGACAUCUCAGAAAGCAGCAUGUUAGAAAAUAAUUAUCUUCAUCGUUCACCUGGUCAUUUUGUCAUAUAAGGUAGGAUUGAAAAUGGGAUUUGAUUUAUAUGUAGCAAUGAGAAAAGGCCAUCAUAGCAAUCAUAGGAGUAUUUCCAUAAGAUGUCAUUGUAAUAGCAAUCGUUGGAGUAUUUCCAUAAGAUGUCAUUACUGAAGAUAAUGUGCCUUAAUCCAUAACAAAUGAAAUAUUGUGGAGGGUCUGUUUAGCUGGAAGUCUGGAAGUCAUUCACAUGGAGCUGAAUAUCUAUAGCUACUAGUACAAACUUGAGAAAGCUAAAAAGGUUGCGAGAGUGCGAGUAGGAGCUUUUUUUUUUUUUUUUCACUUUCACGUGCCAUUGAUAUAGAAAUUGUAGAAGCUGUACUCCUUUAGGAAUUCCCUUUGCAAGAAAAUAACUUACCUUCUAGCAUCUAGCAGAGCUCAAGACACACCAUCAAAAUCUGACGCCAUUCCAGGAACGUUUUUGGCUGGUUGUUGGAGGAGAUCAGGGAAGAUGCAUUGCUUCCAACCUCAAAUGGAGACGUUGUACAGCCAAUCACCUUCAAUCACCAUGAGAGCUUCCAGCCUUCUGUAUUAUGAUUAAGUUGGGCUCCAAUUCCUGCUUUUGUAGGAGCGAAAUCGAAAGGAAUUGCAUUGGCCCACAAUUGAGGGGCGUAAUUUAAUAUGUUAUGUACAUGAUCCAAUAGUUGCAAGGUAAUUAGCAUACCACAAAAGACGAAAGAUUGCAAAAGUAGUUUUGUAUAACUCAUAUACAAUAAAAUCUUUUUUAUGGACACUAAAUAUAGAUACCUAUUAUCAUCACGAAUAUUUGCCCAUGUGCUUGCAAGACCAUAUAUGCACAUCAUGUCCCUGCUGUGCAUCUGACAUUUUUUUAAUUUAAAAAAAAAUUAAAGAUCCUGUAGAAUUUUGUCAUGUUCAACAUUUAUUCUUUACAUUCCCAAUUGU